CCACGCCCCGCGGUCCAAGAUGAGCCAGCCCACCGACAGCUCGGUCAACAAGACGGCCCACGCCUUUGAGCGCGCCUCGCUCGAGAGCCUCCUCAUCCGCCGCUUCUUCUUCGCCCCCGCCUUCGAGAUCUACGGCGGCGUCAAGGGCCUGUACGACUAUGGUCCUCCCGGCUCGUCGCUCCAGGCCAACAUCCUCGACACGUGGCGCAAGCACUUCAUCAUCGAGGAAGAGAUGCUCGAGCUCGACACGACCAUCAUGACCCUGUCGGACGUUCUCAAGACGUCGGGCCACGUCGACAAGUUCACCGACUGGAUGGUCAAGGACUCGAAGACCAACGAGGUCUACCGCGCCGACCACCUCGUCGAGGGCGUCCUCGAGGCCCGCCUCAAGGGCGACAAGGAGGCGCGCGGCGUCGCCGAGGUCCAGGAGGUUGAGGACCCGACCCAGAAGAAGAAGAAGAAGAAGGUCAAGUCGGUCGCCGUCAAGCUCGACGACAAGGUGGUCGCCGAGUACGAGUCGACGCUCGCCAAGAUCGACAACUACACCGGCGCCGAGCUGGGCCAGCUCAUCCGCGACUUCAAGAUUGUCGCGCCCGAGACGGGCAACGAGGUGACCGAGCCUGUCGAGUUCAACCUCAUGUUCGACUCGAGCAUUGGCCCUACCGGCCAGAUCAAGGGCUACCUGCGCCCCGAGACUGCCCAGGGCCACUUCGUCAACUUCAACCGCCUCCUCGACUUCAACAACGGCCGGGUGCCGUUCGCGUCGGCCCAGAUUGGCCGCUCGUUCCGCAACGAGAUCUCGCCGCGGUCGGGCCUCCUCCGUGUCCGCGAGUUCACCAUGGCCGAGAUUGAGCACUUCGUCGACCCGCUCGACAAGUCGCACGAGCGCUUCGAGGCCGUCAAGGACAUCAAGCUCCGCCUCCUGCCCAAGGACGUCCAGUCGGCGGGCAAGACCGACAUCUCCGAGGUGGCGGUCGGCGAGGCCGUGUCGUCGGGCAUGGUCGACAACGAGACGCUCGGCUUCUUCAUCGCGCGCAUCUACCUGUUCCUCACCAAGAUCGGCAUCAACCCGCAGCGCCUGCGCUUCCGCCAGCACAUGGCCAACGAGAUGGCUCACUACGCCGCCGACUGCUGGGACGCCGAGAUCGAGACGUCGUACGGCUGGAUCGAAUGCGUCGGUUGCGCCGACCGGUCGGCGUACGACCUCACGGUCCACAGCGUCAAGACGGGCAACAAGCUCGUCGUGCGCCAGCCGCUCAAGGAGCCGCGCAUCGUCGACAAGAUCGUCGCCACCAUCGACAAGAAGGCGUUCGGCCCCAUGUUCAAGCGCGAGGCCAAGGCCAUCGAGGACGCCAUCCUCUCGCUCUCGGACGAGUGCCUCAAGAAGGCUAUGGACGAGCUCAACGACAAGCAGGCCGCGACGAUCGAGGCCAACGGCCAGAAGUACGAGGUGCCCGUCUCGGUCCUCCAGAUCAAGCCGACGCAGAUCAAGGAGAUGGUUCGCGAGUUUGUGCCCAACGUUAUCGAGCCGUCGUUCGGUAUCGGCCGCAUCCUGUACUCGCUCCUCGAGCACUCGUACUGGAACCGCGCCGACGACGUCAACCGCGCCGUCCUCUCGCUGCCGCCGACCGUCGCGCCCAUCAAGUGCCUCAUCGUCCCCUUGUCGAGCAACGCCGAGUUCAAGCCGCUCGUGACCAAGGUCUCGGGCAAGUUGAGGGCGCUCGGCAUCGCGUCCAGGGUCGACGACUCGAACGCGUCGAUCGGCAAGCGCUACGCCCGCAACGACGAGCUCGGUACCCCGUUCGGCGUCACGCUCGACUUUGCCUCCGUGUCCAAGGGCACUAUGACGCUGCGCGAGCGCGACACGACUCUGCAGCUCAUCGGCACCAUCGACGAGGUCGUCCAGGUCGUGUACGAGCUGUGCCGUGGCGACCUCUCCUGGACGGAGGCGCAGCAGCGGCUCCCGGCGUACUCGGGCGAGCAGGACGCGUCGGCAUGAGCGAGGAGGGUCAUUCCGAGGCUGUACGUAGACUGGAGACGAGGGUGACGGGGAAAGAACCGCAUCGUGUCUUCGAC